AUGUUGGGCCAGAUCCUUGAGCGCUGGCCACAGGAUAAUAAGGGUCGUCUCAAUCGCACGGUCCUAGCGUACGGCGUCGUACGGGAACGUGUCGCAAACACCUAUCAGGUAGAUCCGUACAAGCAUACGAGGCUCCAGAAGCCGAGGGAUGUUGUCUUGGUCGGCAUCCGGGCCAGACCAUCGGUAGUAUGCUUGGUCUUGCCGUCGGGCAGCCACGAAUCGGACCGGGGCCUGUAA